UUCAGUUGUAAAUGAGCUCUUGGUUCGAAUGGUAUUGAUCGGAAUUGCUAGUGUUGAAAGCGGAAGUUGUAAUUCAAGAAAAUAUACAAAUCGAAAUAAAAAACUGAGUUUAAAGUAAUAUAUUUGAAAAUGUAAAAAACAGCCCAUUGUGAUAAAAAAUAGUGCAUAGAAUGCGAUAAAACGGCUUAGUUGGACGUAUGUUCUUAAAAAAUAUAAAAAUACAAUAUAUUUAAAUUAUAUUUUGCAAAAAUUCCGUUGGAUUAAAUACAAAGUAAUGAGCUCGACUAAAUACCAUGCAAGCGUUUAAAUAAAAAAAAAAACAGAAAAUGUUAGCCCAACAGCGACGAAUGCCUAUUUGAGUGGUAGCCCGGUUACAGAAAUAUUGUACCGACCGACACUAAAGCACUUGGCCAAACUCAUUAUGAAGGCAGCGCACAUACGAUUUUUUGAAUAAAGUAUCGGCUGUUGUUGGGUAUGGAGACGCUACCAACACAAAUCUAAUAGAGAAGGAAGCCAUUCUACAUAAGAAUGUCGUCAUUUUAACAUCGGUCUACCACAAAACUUCAUAUAAUCAAAUCUAUAUUUGUGAAUGGAUAAACGGCCUUUUUUACAUUUUUUUUUGCAAAAUAAUCUUGUAACAAUGAGGCUUAAAGGUUUUGUAGCAGUACUAAGGAUUAUUAUAAUAUUAAUUUGUGCGAAUGCAGUUUGCGCAUCAACAAAUAAACCUAAACGUUCCAGUGACAAAAUACAUGCAGGCUACGCCAGAGAAAUUUUUUUAGUGGAAGCGGUCUUGCAAUCGCAACAAGUGAAGGCUUAUGAAAAUAUAAACAUUUUUUGCCCUUUUGAGCAGCCUCAGUGGUACCAUAACAAAACGGCUGUUUAUGCCAAUAAGUCCCUAGAAAUUUUGAGGAUUACUUCGGAAAAAAAGGGUUUAUAUAGCUGUGUUUCUCAAUUCGAUAAGAAGUGGGCCAAUGUUACAAUAGGUAUCUGCGAUGCAUUUUGCCAAAUUAAACCUUUUUCCAGUGAAAAGGCGCCUGACAUACCAGGGAAGCUUGAAGUGUCUGACUUUGUUAUUCAAUUCAAUAAAAGUAUUGUUAAAUAUUAUGGAGAUGCCGUCACAAUAAGUUGCCUACCGUCUAUUCGUUCUGCGACGAAUACCACUUGGACGCUGAAUAAAACUGCUUUGAAUGGAUAUAUGCCAAGAAUGAAGAUUAAAAAGUCAUCUCUUACCAUUGUAGACCUCAAGGGGGCAGAUUCAGGUAUAUAUACUUGUCAACAGUGUAACUUAACGAAAUGCAUUCAUAGUUCAACCGAAUUAAACGUGGUGCUUAGCGAAAUGCAGCCUCCAUUAAUAAUCAUGGAAAGUCUUCAUAAUCAAUCGGUUAAUACUCAUAGUUCAACCGAAUUAAACGUGGUGCUUAGCGAAAUGCAGCCUCCAUUGAUAAUCAUAGAAAGUCUUCAUAACCAAUCGGUUAAUAUUGAUGACAAUACAUUUUUUGACUGCAUUGCUGUUCGCGAACCUGAGUCCCACAUAAUUUGGUUUAGGCACAGUAUGCCCCUAAACCUAACUAGCACUGGAUUAGAUGUGCUGAAAGAGCCUCACGUAAGGAAGAUGAUAACACAACGUGAAGAACCACAUAUAUUAAGACUUGGCAGAGUACAGAAGGAAGACGAGGGGUGGUAUACGUGUCUGGCAUCAAAUGUAGCUGGCGAGAAGUUGGCGAGUGGAUAUUUAAAUGUUGUUGAACCAUCUUCAAAACAAAUGUUAUUAAGUAAUACUAGAAUGUUUUCCUCUGAUGCUGUUCCCCUGUUGAACACCCUAAAUUUGGAGCAGCAAGAAAAUGACGAAUUAUCAGACCAUGAAGUAGAGUACGAAAAUAAGUCUAUUAACGACAUCGAGGAGAGACCACCUGAAUUCAAAAACACCAAAAAACUUAUAAAGCAACUCCACAAACCGGCUGGAAGUUCCAUACAGUUAUCAUGCCCAGCUACGGGCAAUCCCAUGCCAAACAUAACAUGGACUCAAAAUGAUACGGAGAUUGAACGCCACAUUGGAAAAGUCACGUAUAAAAAGUGGUCAAUUCAAAUGGACGACGCUAUAACAAAGGAUUCCGGAGUUUAUAAAUGCAAAAUAUGUAAUAAACUUGGUUGCAUUGAGCAUGCUACAAAGAUUACAAUUUUUGAUCGACUACGUUCAAGGCCCAUUAUAAGUGAUAAAUUCCCGCAGAAUCAAACUGUUGUGGCAAAUAGCAGCUCUUCUCUGGAAUGCAGAGUGGUUUCUGACUUAGAACCGUAUAUAUUUUGGUUGAAGUACUCCAAGAAAAAUGAGUCUAUUGAGAAGCUUGAAAAAUUAGCACAAAAUUACGCCGUACAUGAAAUUUCAAACAAAACAACUGAUGUCGUGGUAAUGGAAAGAGACCCGGAUAAACCAAAUAUUCUCAGCUUUGUUAAUACUACGCACGACGACGAAGGUUGGUACACAUGCGUUGCAGCCAGCUCCUUAGGGCAAACGGUGGCAAGUGCGUAUUUAAAAGUCGUGGACAAACUUCCUCAGAGAGAUGGUUUGCAGCGAAGUCAUCCCGCGUGGAUAACAACAGUUGGCAUCGUGGUGGUAUUGUUGUUUCUAUUUGGCACCAUAUUUAUAAUUUAUGUUCUUCGUAAUUUAAAGCAUGAAAAAGAACUUAAACAAAGAAUUGAAACAGUUCACCAGUGGACUAAGAAGGUAAUAAUAUACAAGCCACCCACAUCUGAAGGAAGUUCGUGUGACCUACAGAUGCCCGUUAUAAAGAUUGAGAAGCAGCGUACCACCUUCACAACGUCUACAAACUCAGAUCCUACACAGGGAUUCAACGAAUAUGAAUUUCCGUUGGACUCGAACUGGGAAAUAGCUCGUAGUCAGCUUACUCUUGGAUCUACACUGGGGGAGGGUGCUUUCGGUCGUGUAGUAAUGGCCCAAGGCAGUGGAUUUGGUCGUGGUUCAUCCAAUGGUAGUACUGCCACUAUUGUGGCGGUUAAAAUGGUAAAAGAGGAGCAUACGGAUGCGGAUAUGGCAAGCUUAGUGCGAGAGAUGGAAGUAAUGAAAAUGAUAGGAAAGCAUAAAAACAUCAUCAAUUUACUAGGGUGUUGCAGUCAAAACGGGCCACUUUGGGUUAUAGUGGAAUACGCACCCCAUGGGAAUUUAAAGGAUUUCCUUAAAAAGAACCGGCCGGUAUUGAACUGGGGCAGUUGCAGUCUAAAAAGAAACACGGAGUAUUUGGAAGAAGGUCCGGUUUUGAACGAGAAACAUUUAACCUCGUUUGCUUUUCAAAUAGCACGAGGCAUGGAAUAUUUAGCAUCGAGGCGGUGUAUUCAUCGAGAUUUGGCGGCUCGCAAUGUCCUAGUUAGUGACGAUUACAUUAUGAAAAUUGCUGAUUUUGGACUUGCGCGCGAUAUCCAAGACACCGACUAUUAUCGAAAGAACACCAAUGGAAGACUUCCCAUAAAAUGGAUGGCACCGGAAUCCCUUCAAGAAAAAUUCUAUGAUUCUCAGUCGGACGUUUGGUCUUAUGGGGUCUUGCUAUGGGAAAUUUUGACGUAUGGUGAACAGCCAUAUCCCAAUAUUAUGUCAGCUGAAGAACUGUAUGGCUAUUUAAUUACUGGCCAGCGAAUGGAGAAACCCCCUCGUUGCUCACUCAAUAUUUAUAUGCUUAUGCGGCAGUGCUGGCAUUUUGAUUCGAGUGCUAGACCAACAUUUUCGGAAAUAGUGGAGAAUCUCGACAAAUUACUACAACUAUCUAGUGCAACGUCCAACGACGAGUACUUAGACCUAUCAAUACCCAUGCUUGAAACACCACCAUCCAGUGACGACGAUUCUGAUGGUGAAACAUUCCUCGAAUCGACUUCUAACAGAUAUCAAUAUACAUAUAAAUUUAAUUAAGACGUGUCUAAUAUUACAUUAUGUGUUAUUCUAUUUUCCAAUGAAUACCGGCAUACCAAAAGAGUUCGACAGACGUAAAGCAGAAAACCUUUAAUUUUUAAGACUACUCGAUUUGCCAAAAUGUAUGGUCUUAUGCAAUCAUACAUAUGUCUGUAUCUGCCAAAGUUAUUUCUACUAUUUUACCUGUAUAAAAGAUAAAACACAUCAAUCUCUUUGUCAUGUACAUUUACUUCAUUUAUUACACAUCGAAAUAUCGAAUAUCAAAUUGAAUACUAUGUUAUGUUCGAAAGGAUAAAAUAUUUUUACGCUAAGAACCAAAUUGUAAAUUCGUAUCUAUGUAUAUUUAUAGAUUAUCGAGAAUAAAAGAUCUUUACCAGUUAAAAUAAACGUCGUGCCUAUCGACUUAUCGUAA